AUGACUUUUCAGUUUCCUCCCACACAACAUAGGGAGCAAAUUAAACGAUUUUCUAUAGCAAUUAAAUUAGUUCUACCUGAUAAACACUCAAUUGAAGACAAAGCAACGAUUAAUAACGUAAUCAACAACUUCAUGGCUUAUGGACAACCUUUAAAGCUGACCGAAUGGGUUGAGAAUGAAAAGUUGAGUGAGCAAAAGAGCGAUCAAUUUGAACAUAAUGAUUGUUGUCAUGAGAUGGAGAAAGGCGCACGAGCGUGGAUGGAUGAAGAAGGAUUAAAGGAAGAAAGGGAAUUGAGACAAAAUGAGAAAAGAUAUGUUGACAAGGAGAUACGAAAAGAAACUGAAUUAUAUAGUUGUAAACAUAUUUAUUUUUGGGAUAUAAAAAUGUUGAGCUUUAGUUCUAUGAAUGUAUAG